GCAAGCAGACCACAUCGAGUUUUGCGAGUUGCGUUACGCGUCGCGUCGUCACGCGCUUGAGACCCUUUGAAUUGCGACGAUUUUAAGCCGAUUUGGCCGGUUUCGCGUGGUUUAAAAAAAAAAGUGCACGUAAAAAGAAGGAGAAUUUCGUUGCGUUUUUUUUUGGGAAAUAGUUUGUUUUUAGAGGAAGAAAAACAGUUGACGGAAAGGCAGCCGAGAAAAAAAGAGUAAAUUUGGAUUACGCGCGUGAUUUAUUGGCUAAAGUAGAUUAAAAUUUUCGAGCCAUUUCUUGGCGGCAACAUUUCGAGAACCAGAACGUCAAGUAAAAAUAAAUCAAAUUUGAGAGGAGGCGGUGUGGGGCAAGCCGGUUGCACUAAGCAAGUGCAAGUGCAGUGUGUCGCAGUUGGAGGAGAAUAUCGAGAGGAAAAAGUGAAGAAGUACACCCGCGAGUGAUGUGUGUAUGUGGAAACAAGAGCAAAUAAAUAAAAUAACAGUGCAAAGGCAAAUAUAAGAGAAGAGAGAUAAAAUUAAAACAUUUCUGACAAGUUCGACGGCGCACCAGAAUUUCGAGGAGCAGCAGGUUGGCUGGUGUGCGACAACAAAACACGAAAAUCACUUGAUCCUUAUCAAGAUAUCGCGUGGAGUGAGGAAGAAACAAGUUUCACUUGAAGAGAUCAGGUGCCGGAGAAGAAACUGUGCAACUCGAGCGUGAGACGAAGAAUUGUGCGUGUUCGACAGUUCGACAACUCCGGCAAAUUGCAGUGCUCGAGCGCACGCUAGUCUCGCAGAUAGCUGGUUAUUAUCAUCGUCGAAUUAGCAUAACCUCAACCGACGGACCUAAUUCGGUUUGGCGGCCAACGAGGUACUCCCAUGCGCCGCCGUCGAUCCAGAAGAACAUUCAGAACGACUACGCCAACUUGCUCCGAGUAAUACGGCAGAUCGUAACAAGCGGUGCAGCAUUCCAGACUUCAAAGCCUGCUUUAAUCGCAGCGCCUACUGAGACUCUACUUUAUCGGAAGUAGCUAUGAACUAUGGAUGAACUAGCGCGAAACGGUAGUGCCCACCAGAACUCGAACCCAAAUCUACCCGCCACCAUGGCCGAAGUGUACUGCUUCUGCUUCAAGCGGACACGGCACGCGUCACAUCCGCUGCCACACAAGAAGCACUCCCGCCGGUAUCCGCACCACUACCAGCACCAGCAGCAUCCAUCCAAGAGUAGCGCCUGCUACUACACCACUAGCAGUAAUUUAUCGAAAUUCCUGAUUUUAUUGUUCCUAUCUAUCUGUGAUAACCGGGCGUGCAGAACCCACGUAGCGGAGGCCGCGGCCGCCGCCGCCGAAGUCUACAGCAGCAGUAGCGGCGGCAGUCAACUCACCAGUAGUAGUUCUUCUAGUAGUUUUAGUAACGUAGUCUACCGCGACGACUCUCAAGUGGAAAGUGCAAGUGCAGCAGCAGCGAGCGGUACUGCGGCGGUGAACCGCACCAGGCUGCAGGAGAUCGUCAUGGAGGUCGGGCUGAGCGCGAUUCCCGACGUGCGAGCGAUGAACGUUAGUCAGCAAGAAUACGAAACCAAAUAUCGAGAGUACCUGGAACGAGUUAAUCGACGCAGUAGCGGCCAGCUCGAACUCCCGAGGAGCCAGCGGAGGCCCCGGCGGCAGGCCUUGCGUCAGCAAGAUGAUGAGACUGAUGGGGAGUUUGAGGAGGAGGAAAUUGAGGAAGAUCAGGAAGAUAUCGUGGAGGACGAAGACGACAGCAGCCAGCGUGUCGUCGAGACGCGGCAUCUCUACAGCUUCCCGAAUUCAGAUUCCAAGCUGAAUCACCAGAACCUGCGCCGCAAGCGCUCGGUCAAGAACGACUACGACCUGGUCUAUAUCCGGUUCGAUAUACCAACCAGAAACAGUUCCAGCACCGGCGGCGACCUGCCCGCUCUCAGCUCGCCCUCCUUCUUCCACGAUCCCACCUCCAACGGCAAUCAGCAGCAUCCCCAGCACCACCACCGUCACCACCAGCAGACCCUGUCCAAUCUGCCGCCAAUCUCACCGGAGAACAUUGAAGAAUCAUCACUCAACAUAAUGUUGACGCGGUCGCCAAACAGCGAACGCAGCACAUCGGCCGGUAAGACGACGCCGACGACGAGUCCGCCCCAUCACGGACGCCGCCGGGGUCGGGUCAAAUUCAAGCACAACAAUCAACAGCACAACGGUCACCACGGGUCGUCGGGCAAGAACGUCCACUUGUUUGUGUACCAGCUGGUUGAGCCGUACCAGCGCCACCUGCUGACGUCCAGGACGAUUGCGGUGGAGGAUUUGGCCGACGGUGAUAAAAAGUGGUUCCAGCUGCCCCUGGACGAAGCCGUGCGCACCUGGCUGGACGGCUCGCGCAAGAAUCUCGGGCUGGAAAUCUACUGCGAAAACUGCUACAACAACGACAUCUUCGUGAUCCACGACUCGUCGCCGUUCUUCGCCGGUUACGACGAAACUCCCGUCCUGAACGUGGUCGGCAAGCUCGUCCAGCGCGAGAAACGCUCCAAGGCCGGCGUUCAGCGGUACCGCCCAACGAUGCGUGACUACAACCCUCCCAAGACGGCGACCUGCACGCCGAACAACAAGCGCUGCUGCCGGCACCCACUGCUGGUGGACUUCCGGGACAUCGAGGGCUUCGAGUUCAUCAUCCAGCCGAAGAUCUUCGACGCGGGCUUCUGCCGGGGCCGGUGCCCGUACAAGUACAACCCGGGCAGUCACCACGCGCUGAUUCAGUCGCUGCUGCACGAACACGUCAAGUACGAUGUCCCGAAGCCGUGCUGCGCGCCGGUUCGGCUGGACCACAUCGAUGUGCUGCACGCGGACCCCAAAAAUCCGCAGCGGCUCAAAGUGACCACCUGGGUGGGCAUGCGCGUUACGGAGUGCGCCUGUUCGUGAGGUGCGGAACGCGCGACUGGACGACUUAUCACUGUGCAUUUAGAGCUGAUGGAAACGUAUAGUAUUAUAAUCGUUACGACGCAACACACACAAGCAACACACAAACCUAUCGUCUGAGAAAAUGCAAUUUAAAACAAGAAAGUUACACAAACUGAUAAAGAUUUAAGGAAACAUUCAAGAGUUAGGAGAUUCGUCAGUGAUGUGCAGUUUUCGAGGAUAAAACAAUUAGAUUUGGAAUUCCUUUUGGUAUUGAAUUUCAACGUCUUCAAAUCCUCGAAAAAAUGCUUUCACUUUACUUUAAAUACCUGAAAAAACUGUUGAAAAUUUAUCUUCAAAACAAGAUCAUAAUAUGUAACAUUAUGAAACACAUUUUACUAAACUUUUAUAAUUUUGCUGAUCGAUUCAAAUUACUCAGCGAUCAUUUCUAGAUUACAAUUUCAAAACAACCUAUCCGGCAUGGGUUUCCUAUGCAGAUCGGACCUUUUGAAAAUUCAAUCUUGAUUUGAAAAAGGUCACAGAAAUAAAUCAAUUUAGUUUGAGUCUUUUGCAGUAUUUUAGUUUUCACUGAAAAUAAGAUUUAAAACUUAAAAUUAUUCAAAUUUUGCUGAGCCUUCAAAAUUUCAUAAAAACUUUCCCUUUUA